AAUGAGUAUAAAUACAUGAGCACCCACCAAAUUAGUCUCAAAUUAAGUAAGAAAAUGGAGGAGAAAAUAUUAAUGAGAGUGAUAGUAAUUACCGUAUUCCUAUUUAUAGGUGCAGCAACUGCAGAAGAUGCAGCAGCUGAGGCGUAUGAGUCUCCUAAAUUAAAAAAGUUGAUAACAGAUUGCACUGGGCAUGUUGGUGAAACAUGCAGUACUACUACUAGUAGUAGUGGAAGUGAAGCAUUAAUGCAGAAGCAGGAUGGGUUGGCUCUUUGCCUUUUGGAUUCUAUGGAGAGAUGCUUGCUAGACCAUCAAACAAAUGUUGGAACUCUUGGAGACCUAAUUAUACUUCCACCCUUUCCACCAAGACCUCCAGUAGAUCCUAACAUAAUUCCAUUUCCAAGACCUCCAAACAUAGUUCCAUUUAUAAAACGUCGUCGCUCCAAAUUAGAUAACCAUCAAACAGAUGCUGGAACUCUUGGAAGAGUAAUUCCACUUCCACCGAUUCGACCAGGACCGCCAUUAAAAAUAAUUCCAUUUCCAGGAACUAACAUAGUUCCAUUUCCAAAACCUUACAUUCCUCAUUCAUACAAUACAAUUACGAACCUUCUUGGCGCACGACGUGAUCAAGUUCAAGAUUUGCCACUCCUCAUUCAGACUACACAAUUACGAACCGUCUUGGGAAUCUGUAGUCAUGUCACUGCACGAACUUGUCUCACUGCUCCAAAUGUUGCUACAUCAGAUUUAGAGGCUUGUCUCACUCCUUCCAUGAAUCAAUGCGUCUAUCCUCCUGGAGCUGAAUCUGGUAGCCCGCCAAUAUAAUUAGGGCAUACAGGAAAAUAUGUUGGAAGAAUAAAUGGACAUGUCAACUAGAUUUAAGCAAGCUAGCUUGUUUUAUGAUGAAGGAUUUUGUAUCCCUUCAAAAUUCCAAUAGCUGCAUCACUGGCAUGCAUAAAUAAAUAGCUGAAUGUUACGAACGAUAUGGUGUUCCUACUAAAUAAAUAGUCAUAAAAAAGGCUUAUUUCUAUUUUUCUUGGA